GGGAGGCAGCGGGAGCGCGCUUUCCGUGUCUGGUUAGUGGACUGACAGCCAGCUGUGCGGCUACAACGACAACAACAACCUCCUGGAUUUACAACUAGAUUAGUGUUGUCCCCGCCACCGAUCACAAUCGCACACUAGUAGCUAGUUUCCCAAGUGAACACUCGACGGCUACGAGCGGCAUCAGCGGCGGUUUCUGUGCUAACUAGCUAGAAGAGCAUUCCUCCAACAUGAAUCCGAUGUGUGGCAGAUGUAAUCUAGUCGUUUACCCCACGGAAAAAGUGAAUUGUCUGGACAAGUAUUGGCAUAAAGGAUGCUUCAGCUGCGAGGUCUGCAAAAUGACUCUAAACAUGAAGAAUUACAAAGGCUUCGAGAAGAGACCAUACUGCAAUGCACACUACCCCAAGACAAACUUCACCGCUGUGGCUGACACUCCAGAGAACCUCCGCCUCAAACAGCAGAGCAAGAUACAGAGCACGGUUCUCUACAAGGAGGAUUUUGAGAAGAACAAAGGGAGAGGUUUCAGCGUGGUCACAGACACGCCAGAGCUGCAAAGACUUAAGAAAACGCAGGACCAAAUCAGCAAUAUUAAGUACCAUGAGGAGUUCGAGAAGAGGAAAGGAGAGGCCCCACAUCAUCAGCCAAGCAACCCCAGCCCAGCAGCUUACCAGCAGCCUGCAGCCUCUCAGAACUUCCACUAUGAGCCUGCUCCUGAACCAGUGCGUCCGGCGGCCGCUGCCCCGCCUCCCAGUGCUGGGAAGCGGUACAGAGCUGUGUACGACUACUCCGCCGCCGACGAGGACGAGGUGUCCUUCGUGGACGGAGACUUGAUCGUAGACGUGCAGCAGAUCGAUGAAGGCUGGAUGUACGGCCGCGUAGACCGCACCGGCCAGCAGGGCAUGCUGCCCGCCAACUACGUGGAGGCCAUCUGAGGGAGAGGAAAAGAAAAUGAGGGAGAGAAAAAGGAGGAGAUAGAGAAAAGGGAGGGAAAGAAGGAAAGUAAAAGCCCAGUGCCAUCUCAUCUUAACGCCGCUUUCUCUUAAUUUUACUCUUGUUCCCUAAUCUGUCCUGUGAGACCCUGAACUCCUUCCCUGCUGCAUCCCUGCUCUGCUCCCACCAACAGACACCCUCUAACUCCGUCUGUCUGUCCUCGUCUGUCUGCCUGCUUCUCUGUCCGUCCGUCCGUCCGUUCGUACUGAUGUUUGGAUGUUCGUCAUCCAUCUUCGUCUCCCCACCCUCCCUCACGUCCUGGUUCCACUCUCGUGCAGGUGGAAAGUCUUAAAAGAUAAACUCGCAGUUCAUCGCAGUAUGUCAGGGGUCAUGCCGUGUCACACAGCUCCAUCCUAGCUACAGCACUUAACAAUCCUGACACAACACCUUACAAAAAUAGAGAAAACUGUAUAAAAAAAAUACAAAUAAUUUUAAAAAUAACAUCCCCACAAGUCAGUGAACACUGCAGAUGUCGUUCUGUGGAGAGCAUGAGUUUGGAAGUUUGGUAUUUUUCACAGGCCUGUUUGGUUUCUUUCAUUUCCGCAGCCCGACUGGAAACACAGUGUAGAAUCUCAGUCUUAUCAGAAGUAAGCUUGAAUCUUUUUGACUUGUGUACAUUCCUUUAACCUCUAACUCUGUUUGCUGUUGCAUCAAUCAGCCGGUUAUCAGUCUUAACAGAGAGGUUUUUAAUAUAUUUAUAGAUGGACACACAUCUCGCUCUCGUGUUCAGCACUGCGUUGUGUGGUUAUUGUUGUGAAACUGGAAUCGUAGCCUAACUGAAGAGCACCUCCUGCCCCUUUAGACGCAGGAGGGAUCAGGGACAAGUUAGGGGACAUUAUAAGUCUAAUCUCUCGCAGCCGCACUGAAUUCACCACCUCAGUUUAGUGUGGAUUUGCAGCAUUCGCACCCUUAUUUGUGUUUUUUGCAGCCUGAAUGCCUUCAGCUGUGAGCAAAGAAAUGGUGAUCAAGGUUAAGCGAUUUGGAGAAGGAAAAAAAAGAAAAGAACAUGAAACAAAAUCACCAUCAGAGAAAACACAUUUAUAAAAGAGAAGGCCAAGCACAACUCUAUAUCGUGAAUCUUUUUAUUUUAAAUGUAUUCCACUGUUUUUGUGAGAGAACAUUCCAGUCUGUCUUUUUUUUUUUCUUUUUUUCCAUUUAAUGUGAGAGAACUCGUCGCAUCCUUGGCUGUGGUAAAUGUUUUUCUCAUGCUGUUCUUCCUUUGCUUUCCUCGUUAUUAUCGGAUGUUUGUUUUCCAAAAGAAAAAUGUCAGCGUAUUGAAUAAAAAGAACCAGCAACUCACAUUUGCGAACUGAGAAAAAAAGCAAAACAGGAAUUAGCGUAGAAUGGUGCGGUCACAGUAUUGGAUCAGUCGGAAAACAGAGCUAGCUGCUUGUCGUUAAAGCCUGUUUCUGAUCUCUCUCGUGCUGUUUGUCGUUAUUCUGCAGCGUCUAGGGAAGAGUAAUGUUACAGAAUAGCAUUUAAAAUCCCACAUAGAGAGUUUUAUUGUACAUAAAAACAUCCAUAAAAGCAUCUGACAGGCGAAUCCCAAACUAAUUUCCACCUGUACAUUAACAAGUAAGCCACAGCUAAUUAGCAUUAGCAGGAUUUAGCUGAUGCUGGUUACUACAUGUUGAAACGGUUAGCUCAUAAACACAAAUUUAAGCAUUUAUGUUGCUAGGUUUUACACAGAAACGCUGCCUCUUUUCUCCAGUGUUUCUGCGAGGAUCUCUAAAAGAUAUCAGCCCAUUUCUCAGUGGUGUAAAUAAUAACCGGCCCCUGACACAUCUUCCCCGUUUCCUUCGCUGUUUCAUUCUCCUGUGAUGCACUGUGACCGUCACAGACACGGGCGAUCAGGGCGUUUUUAGGUGGGGCAGGUGGGGCAAAAAAAUAAAAAGAUAAAAAAAUUCAGCUUUAUCAAAUGAAACAAGGCUCUCACUAUGUAGCUAGAUGACAUUGUACAAUUGUAUAUGUAUCAUAAAAGGUAAGUUAGGGACAAAUGUUUUUACAGGUCAUGGUGCUCUGGGAAGUGGCUUGCCUGCAGAUAAAAGUGGUUCUUUCUUUUUUUUUCUUUUUUUUUUUGUGAAUGUGGGGAAGUAAUGUGAUUUUUUUUUUUUUUUUUUUUUUUUUAAAAGAAGUCGACUUAUGGAAAAAGUUUGGUGCAAGUUGGUGUUCAUGAAACUUUCUAAUGUGAUGAAUCGUGACAAAAGAAUCAGAAAAACAACAUCAACGAAUGAAUGAACACUGUACAGUAUGUUUGCCUGCAUUUUGCAUUGACCUCUACUUGACAACGGGACAAGUUUAUUUUGCAAAACAGAGAUCGGUUGUGUGUUUCUCCUGGGUAAACUUAAAGAGUUGGCGGUUUGGCUUGUUGUUGUUCCUGGCUUCAAAUUUAAUUUAAAAAGCUACUCGGUUACUCUGCAAUCCAAACUCUCCUUUAUCUUGAGGUUUUUUUGCCACUCGUUGGUCUGGGGGGAAGAAAUGGCCAAAGCGUUGUUUAAGUGUGGCUCAGGAUGGAUUUGUUAAGGUGAAGUCAAAUCUAAGCGUGUGAUGAUGUAAGUGUGCGAGGCUGCGGGCGACGAGAAGGCGACCCGACGCCCUCGGAUCCCCCCCACAGCCCCGUGAGGCAGGGCAAGUUGUUUGUCUGACCUGGAUAUUAGUCAGGAGUUAACCUCUCUGCGCCAAAUACCGCUCCUCUGCUCUGGCAUCACUACUGAACGUCAUAUCACGACCCCGCUUCCAUUCAGUUUUUCUGUCGAGCUCCCUGCCCACCUUCCUGCUGCAGUUCCCCCCUCUCUUCUUUCCCUUCAGCCUUCCGCCGCGCUUCUGAUGAAUCAUUCCCUGCUUCUAUGAUACUGGUUAUAUACUGUAGACUUUGCGGAGUGAAAUCAUAUAAUCCACAGUUGCAGGUUUAGCAUUCAGACCAGUUUUGUGCAUUCCAUCUUAAAUCGUUUUUGUUUUUGAUAUAAUUUUGUUAUUUUUUAAAUAAAAAAAAAAUAAAGAAUAUCAUAUGCAUAUUGACAUACACGUGUAUUCACGACUCAGAAUACAUACUCAGAUUAAGGACCUGAUAUCAUCUCCUGUUGCCCUGUUACAGCACUUCAAAUUGUACUUAUGAUUCUGCAGAUUCAAUAAAAUGUCAUUUUUUCUCAGA